GAGGUUGCGGUUGAUUGUGGCUGUUCUGGAGUGAACGGAUUAUAGCUUGUCUCCACUUCUCAUUUAUCCCUCCGGGAUACUCUUCCUGAGGCUCGGCACGGUGCGUGGAGCUGAGCUGAGAGGGAGGAAGGACUCCCUGGGAGUGGAGAGGCAUUAGGAGGGCGACAGAACGCCCCCCACCCCCCAGAGUCCGUGAAUAAGAGGGCUGCUGUGUGGUGUGGCAGGACAGUUUACUGGAGAGACGAGCCAACCCCAGCGGUGCAUCGCCUCUGUCAUGAACCAUGGGGCCGGAGCUUGGCAGAAAAACCAAGAAGGCCAAUUGUACAAUCCUAUGAUCCUGUGAAGGCUUUGCCAAGUCAUAAGAGCUGAAAUCAGAUGGUUUGUGAGAAACAACAAAAUGGAUUUGAAUUCCAGUGUGUCUAAUAUCACUUUUCUUACCAAAACGGUUUCCAGCACAUGGGUGGCUUUUCUCAGAAUUACAUUUAUGACUAGUUCUGAAGAUCUCCCUGAAAUCAUUCUAAUACUGUCUUUGAUCUGCACAGUUGGAGCAUUUUUGAACCUGCACUUAAAAGACUUUCCAAUUCCUCUCCCUGUGAUACUAUUUUUAAUUGGAUGCAGUUUUGAAAUAUUAAGUUUUACAUCUGACAAGGUGCAAAGAUACACAGAUGCCAUACAAUGGAUGAGUCCAAAAUUAUUUUUUAAUAUAUUUACACCAAUAAUUAUCUUUAACGUUGCAUUCGACAUGGAUGUUUACAUGCUCCAAAAGUUAUUUUGGCAGAUACUUUUAAUUACAAUUCCUGGCUUUUUUAUGAAUUAUACAUUAAUUCUUUGGUAUCUGGCAUCUGUGAAUAAAUUACUUUUGAAAACCACUCCAUGGUUAUUAUUUGCAACUAUCCUCAUGAGUUCAGAUCCCAUGCUGACUGCAGCUGCUAUAAGAGACCUUGGUCUUUCUAGAAGCCUCACCAAUUUAAUUAAUGGAGAAAGUCUGAUGACCUCUAUAAUGUCUUUGAUUAUGUUUAAUAGUAUUGAUGACAUUAAUGGCAACCUACAAAAGGGGAACAAUUCAUUAGUUUUUGACAUCCUAUUUGAAAUUUGGUCUUAUUUUCUAGCAAGUUUCUUGUUUGGAAUUCUGAGUUCAAAACUGAUCCAAUUGUGGAUGGCUACUGUUUUUGGUGAUGAUGUCAAUCACAUAAGUCUCAGCUUGUCAAUUCUGUACCUCGUCUUUUUUAUUUGUGAACUAGUUGGAAUGUCUGGAAUAUUUACCCUGGCCAUUAUGGGACUUUUUUUAAAUUCUACCAGUUUUAAACCAGGAGUUGAAGCACUUCUUCUAGAAUUCUGGAAUUGUCUAUCAUUUGUUGCUUUUCUUAUGGUGUUUACCUUCACUGGACUUCUAAUUCCUGCACAUACAUAUUUAUAUAUAUCAUUUUCUGAUAUAUAUUAUUCAUUAAAUAUCUAUUUCACACUUAUUGUUUUAAGACUUCUGGUUUUUCUAUUAAUGAGCCCUCUUUUGUCUCGACUUGGUCAUGGGUUCAGCUGGCGUUGGGCGUUCAUUAUGAUCUGGAGUGAAAUGAAAGGAACACCUAAUAUAAACAUGGCUCUUCUCCUUGCCUACUCUGACCUUCCUCUUGGAACUGAGAGGGAAAAAUCUCAAGUAUUAUUUCAUGGAGUGUCAGUUUGCUUAGUUACCCUGAUUGUCAAUAGAUUUAUUUUGCCAAUGGCAGUUACUAAACUAGGUCUUCAUGACGUCACAUCAACAAAAUAUAAAUCUCUUUAUUGUACAUUUCAACACUUUCAAGAGCUAACCAAAUCUGCAGCUUCUGCACUCAAAUUUGACAAAGAUCUUGCUAAUGCAGAUUGGAAUAUGGUUGAGAAAGCAAUUGUCCUUCAAAACCCAUAUGCAUUGAGCCAAGGAGAAACAACAGAACAUCAAAAGGUGAAAUGUCUAGCCUGUAACAAGGAAAUAGAUGAGACCCUUAACAUUGAAGCAAUGGAGUUGGCCAACAGGCGUCUCUUGUCAGCACAAAUAGCAAGCUACCAGAGACAAUACACGAAUGAGACUCUGUCCCAGAGUGCGGCCCAGGUGCUGGUGGGUGCAGUGGGAAGCUUCGGUGAAAAGAAGGGAGAAUAUAUGAGUCCUGAGACAAUAAAGACUUAUUCUGAAAGCAAAAAACUUCUUGCCUUUAUUAGAAAAGUAUUGCUCAAUUGGGUGUACAAUACUAAAAAGGAAAAAGGGAUCCCAUCAAGACAUUGCUUUCUUCAGUCAUGCCAUAAAAUCGUAUUUACUAAUGAAUUUGAGUAUGUUGGAUAUCUUGUGAUAAUGAUGAAUAUGUUUCCGAUUACAAUUUCUUGGAUACCUGAAUUAAAUGAUAUCUAUGAGCAUGAAUUAAAAUAUUCUAACUACUUUUUUCUUACAUUUUAUAUCAUGGAGGCCCUACUUAAGAUGGCUGCAAUGAGGAAGGAAUAUUUUUCACAUACCUGGAAUCUAUUUGAGUUGACAAUUACAUUAGUCGGCAUCAUAGAUGUAAUUCUUAUUGAGACAAAUUACAUUACUUAUACUUUUGAAUUUAUUCAAACUGUAAUCUUUUUUAAAAUUGUUCAAUUUCUUCGCAUACUACGUAUUUUAAAGCUCAUAACCCCCAAGUUGCUGCAAAUAAUAGAUAAAAAGAUGAGUCAUCAGCUAUCCUUUAAAUAUGCUAUACUAAAAGGUUAUAUCCAAGGUGAAGCAGACAUAAUGACUAUAAUUGAUCAAAUUUCAAGUUCUAAGCAAGUUAAACAGGUAUUAUUAAGGAGGAUAAUGAAGAAUACAGGACAUGCUCUGAAAGAGCUAGGCUACUUAGAGUAUGAUCACCCGGAAAUUGCUAUUACUAUGAAAACAAAGGAGGAGAUUAAUGUCAUGCUCAAUUUGGCUAGAGAAAUUGUUAAGGUUUUUAGGUCAAAAGGGAUUAUUCAUAAAAUCGAAGGUUCUGAAAUUAAUAAGUUAAUAAUGGCCAAAAAAAGAGAGAUACUUGAUUUUCAACCUGUUAUCAAACCACUUACUGUUAAAGAAGCACUCUACAAUAUUCCAUGGCUAGAUAAAGAAAAAGAUCAUAUAAGCUUCAUUCAGGAAAGAGCCAGAGUGGUAACAUUUGAUUGUGGAAAUGAUAUAUUUGAAGAAGGUGAUGAGCCCAAAGGAAUUUAUAUAAUAAUAUCAGGUAUGGUGAAGCUUCAAAGAUCAAAGCCUGGCUUGGGAAUUGACCAAAUGCUCUGGGAGUCAGAGGAGAAUGAUGAUCAGAUAACUUACACAGACUUUGUGAUCAGUGGGGAAAUAAUAGGAGAGUUAAACUGCUUAACGAAUAAACCGAUGAUAUGUUCUGCUACCUGCAAAACUGUAGUGGAGACAUGUUUUAUUCCCAAAAGUCACUUGUAUGAAGCUUUUGAGCAAUGUUGUCCUCACAUUGAAUAUAAAAUGUGGCUAAAACUUGGUCUUUCUAUUACUGCCAAAAAAAUCAGGGAACGUUUAUCUUAUAAGGAUUGGAACUACAAGAUGCAAUUAAAACUCUGUAACGUCUGCAUAAAAGACAUACCAAAGAACACCAAAACUGAUAUCUAUGAUGAAACUGUAAUCUAUGUCAUUCUCAUACAUGGAGCUGUAGAAGAUUGUCAGUUACGGAAAGCUUAUAAGGCACCUUCUUUAAUUCCUAUAACAUGCUAUCAGGUGCAAGGCACUGAAGAUUUCACAAAGGUAAUGAUUGUUCAAAAUUUCGUUGAUGUGAAAAAAUUCAGAUGGAACACUAGAAAGUAUGUACCUUCACGUAAAGCAUCUCUUCCAACAACACCAACAUCUACAAGCAGACUAUAUAAAGAUCUUCAAUGUGAAACAAAGAGUGAGAUUCAAGAAUCUACAGGGCUAUUGGAUAGUAUCAAGGAGGAAAUGGAUGUCUAUGAGGUCAUCUAGAAUAAAACUAAAUGAAAAUCUGGAAUGGUUGACAAUACUAUUUUGAAAACUGACACAUGUAACGGCGCUGUUGUCACAAGAUGCCUCCUGUUUUGAAUGUGCUUUGAAACACAUUUCCCUGCAUCAGAAGGGAGUAAGUUCAAGCUGGAUCCUGUGUGGAUGAUCCUGGUGCCACAUGGAAAUAUGUAUGCACCUUGCAACCAUUCCAUCUAAAACAUAUUUCUUGGAAAAUUUUCUUCAUUUAAAAUAUCUAUUAAUUUAAGUAUCUAGAACAUCUCAGAAAAUCAUAGAACAAAUUUUAGUUUUUUAGCCAGAAAAUAAGCUUAGGCCACCUAGAUAGUUUGCAUAAUGCUCUUAGAGUAAAAAUGGUUUGACUCAUUUUGUGAAAAACAGAACACUAUUAAAACGCAGUUUAAAUGUUGAUCUUAAA